AUGCCAUUGGUGAUAUUUACAGGGUUCCCCUGUUCCGGCAAGACGCUAUGGGCAAAAAGACUUCAGUCUGAAUUGGAAGCAAAGAUUGCACAAGCAAAGGAAAAUUCACAGCCUGGAUCCAAUUAUAGAGUAACUUAUCAUUCCGAUGAGUCUCUCGGAAUCAGUCACGAUGUUUACCAGGACUCUAAUCGUGAAAAAUUAGCAAGAGGUUCUCAAAUCUCGGCGGUGAAGAGAGACUUGGCAAAGAAUAAUAUCGUGAUUUUGGAUAGCAUGGCAUACAUUAAAGGGUUUAGGUACCAACUAUAUUGUGAGUCGAAAGGCAUGGCGACUCCACACUGUGUGGUACAUAUUGUUGCGCCUAUUGAAAAGUGUUUAGAGUGGAAUGAAGCAAAUAUGACGAGUCAAGAAGCCAAAUAUUGGAAUUCUGAAGUGAUUAAACAGCUCGAGCAGAGAUACGAAGAGCCAAAUCGCGAUACAAAAUGGGAUUCGCCAUUGUUUGAAAUAUUGUCACAUAUGGAUGAAAAACUACCGAUUGAAGAGAUGUGGGAAGCCUUGGUGUUGAAGAAAGCUCCUGUUCCAAAUGCGGCAACAACUGCACAGCCUACUUCUAACAAUUCCUUUUUACAAGAUUUGGACAAAAAGACCCACGAUGUCAUUACAUUGGUUCUUCAACAACAGGAACUAACUGCUGGCAAUGUUCAAAUAACUAAAGAUUUACAGGUCUACAUACCAUCUGGAACAGUGAGUACUGCUCAGCUUCAAAGGAUAAGACGAUCCUUCAUUAACUUGAACAGAAUGAGAUCCGUUGAAAAAGAUCGUAUAGUGCCUUUAUUCGUAGACUACUUAAAUAAAAGCUUGGAUAACGAGGGGUGA